GCACCCUCUCGUUCGUUGGUUGCGCCUAUAUCUUGUACCGGUCUUUCAGCGCAAGAGCGGAGCGGCGCGGGACAUCACGACGAUGCUCGUUGCGACACUGGCCGCCGUCGACCUCUGGACCGCCGUCGCCAAGUUCCCAGCCACGGCGUUCACGUACUCUCGGAACAGGACUGACCCGAAGAGCGCGCCGACGUACGUCUCGUGCCAGCUCCAAGGCUUCUUCAUCGACUUUCUCUCAACGCAUGUCGUUCUUUGGAAUGCCAUCAUGGCGUUCAACCUCCUGCGCUGGGUCGUCUACCGGGACACGCAGGAGAAGAUGCGACGACGGUACCCGUGGUACUUUUUCGCUACCGCCUUCUUCUGCCUCGGGUGGACCUUCUGGCUUGCGCUGCCCGUGUACCGUCUCCGCCGGCGCCGCAACCAUGGGUCGGUCGUCGACAACCAGUCGCUCCUUGGCCCGUCCACGUUCUUUUGCUGGAUCGCCGACCCCGACACGGCCUUGUAUCAUUUCUACACGUUUGUGUUUGCCGCCAUCAUCUUUAUGGUUGGCGUGCUCCUCAAGGUCCGUCGCGUCAUUCGGCAGCGCGCGGCAGGACAGCACUACCAGCAGACGGAGCAGGCGCUUCUGGUCAUUCAGCGUCAGCUGUACCUCUAUGUGGUGAGCUUUCUCGUCCUGUACCUCCCCGUAUCGGUCUACCGAAUCGGCGACGCGGCGUGCGACGCUUCGUACUACAAAGCGCCCACCUUUUGCACGAAGAUCGUACCGACCUUUGGCGUCUUUGCGCAAGCGCUCAUCUGCCUCCAAGGCUUUGUCAACGCCGUCAUUUUCGGCGGCUUUCUCUCGCUCGGCUGCAAGCGCCAGCCCCGACCGACGUCCGACUCGUUCCUGGGACUGGCGUCGCCAAGCGUCGUUAUGGAGGACACGCAGUCCAACAUGUCGCUCUACACGCCGUUCGAUGUCUGCGACCGCGUCUCGAUCUUUGCGUCCACGUUCAACAUGGCCGAGGGCGCCGUGCCGACCCGAACGGCGUUGGCGGCGUGGAUCCCGCGCGACCACGACGUGUACGUCAUUGGCCUCCAAGAGUGCUUGGCGCUGGACGAGACGCGGGCCGAGAUGCUAACGCACCUUGAGGCGGCCAACAACCAGCGCUACACCGAGUAUCGGCGAGAGAUCGGAAGCAAACAAACCACACUCGGCUACCACGGUUACAUUACGAUUACGGUCUACGUCGCGACGUGUGAUGUCGAGUGCGGCCGCUUCGAGAUGUUUCUCGACGGCAUGUCCAAGGUCCACCGCGGCAAAAGCCUCAUUGGCAUGGGCCGCGCGUCCAACAAGGGCGCGGUCGGCUUUGCGUUCCGGUACUUCGACACGACAUUUGCCGUCGCGAGCUGUCACUUGGCGUCCGACUCUUCGGGCAAGAGCAAGGUGACGAAGCGGCACAAGGACGCGGCGAGCAUCCUUCGCAGCAUGAACCUUCAGUCGAUGGGUGUCGAGUUUGACUUUCAGCACAUGGUGCACCACACGAUCUUUAUGGGCGACCUCAACUACCGCCUCACGGCGCAGCAAGCGACGCCCAACGACGUGCUGAAGCUCAUGGUGACCAUCAUCAACCGGCGCCUCAUGCUUGAACCGCCCCGCGACCACCAGUACGAUUCCGAUGGAAUGGCGUAUGGCGUGACGACGUCGCCCGGCAACGACACGGUGCUGCUGGACGACAUGACGCUCGCGGAGCACGACGGAUUCAAAAGCCCUGUUCGCGCCAUCAGCCGGUACGCCAAGGACGCCAACUGGACGCUCCUGCUCCAGCACGACGAGCUGGUCGCGGCGCUGCAGACGGGCGCGGCCUUUGCGGGCUUUUCCGAAGCCAUGAUUACGUUUGCACCGACGUUCCGACGGGCGCGGGGCACGCAGCUGCCCACGAACCGGCGGCUCAACAUUCGCGACUUGCAGGAACUCUACACGACGAUCCUCUCGGACGGCGGCCUCCGCGUGCCGUCGUACACGGACCGCAUCCUGUACCACUCGCUGCCUGACCUCCAAGACAAGAUUCGGUGCGUCAAGUACUGUAGCUGCGAAGACGUGACCACGUCGGACCACAAGCCGGUCUCGAGCAUCUUCCACGUCGCCGUCGAGAAGACGCCGCGCACCGACGACAUGGUGAUGAAGAAGUGGACCGUGUCGCUCUCCAACGUGCACAUCCAGUGGGCGUCGCCGCUCGAGACGAUGCUGUUGCCGCCGUCGCCCGACUUUGACGACGACGAGUCGCCGAGUCUCACGGCGUCGCCACUGGGCCCGCUGCCGCACUCGUCCAUGAUGUCGUCGACGACGUGGGCGUCAUCCAUGGGCACCUCGACCACGACCAAGACCCAUCGAGGGCCGAUUGUUGUCCGCAGUCUCUUUCCGCUGCCGAGCGAAGACGACUUUGCCGAGUCGCGUGAGCUGAACGAGCUCGCCGAGCAUCUGACGUUCCACUCGGGGUACCUCCGUCCGGCGGUCCGAAGCGCGUGCCAAACGACAACGCUCAAGCAGUUUGAAGCCACGGGCGUGAAGCAGUCGGCGGUGCUCUUGCCCAAGAAGCACAUGCACCUCGCACUCAACUUUCAGUCGUCGUCGUCGACGGGCUACAGCAUUGGGCAGUGCGUCAUCGGCGUCGUCCCGGCCCAGCACCGCCGCGGUCGCAAAGUCGACUUCCACGCCGUCCUCACAAGCGGCGGCCGUCACAUGGGCGAGAUCACGGGCCGCCUCGGCCUCAAGAUGGAUGUCACCACGACCGUGUAAGUAGUAACUAUUAUUUAGAAGGAUGUUGUUAUGAUCG